GCCUCGGGCCUUCACGGCCUUCUCCCGCCUCAGCCUCGGCCUCUCCAGCGCCCCGCAAAUGCAGGCCGCCGCCCUCCCCGAGGAGAUCUGUUGGCUCCUGGAAGACACUGCAGAUUUCCUGGCGGAAGGUUUACGUAAUGAAAACCUCAGUGCGGUUGCACGGGAGCACAGAGACCACAUUCUACGGGGCUUCCAGCAAAUUAAAUCUAGGUACUCCUUGGAUUUUCAGCUUCAAGGGGGAGACCAGGCUGAAAAUUACCCUGGACAGGACAGCUCUGAUGAUAAUCACAGUGGAACCCAUGGUCCUUUCACAUCAGAUGCACCAUUUCUGCCAGAUUACCAGGAUGAGGGAAUAGACGACAUCACAAAAGGAGCUCAAGAACUUGACAACAUCAUCAAGCAAGGUUACUUGGAGAAGAAAUGCAAAGAUCAUAGUUUCUUUGGAUCGGAGUGGCAGAAGCGGUGGUGUGUUGUCAGCAGAGGUCUCUUCUACUACUAUGCUAAUGAGAAAAGCAAGCAGCCCAAAGGGACCUUUGUCAUUAAGGGCUACAAUGUACGGAUGGCCCCCCACCUGCGAAGAGAUUCCAAGAAAGAAUCCUGCUUUGAACUGACCUCUCAGGAUAGGCGCAGCUAUGAGUUUACAGCUACUAAUCCAGCUGAAGCCAGAGACUGGGUAGACCAAAUAAGUUUCUUGUUAAAGGAUCUGAGUUCCUUCACCAUUCCAUAUGAAGAGGAGGGAGAGGAGGGAGAGGAAGAGGAAGAGACAUAUGAUGAUAUUGAUGGUUUGGACUCCCCAAAUUCUGGUUCCCAAUGCAGACCCAUUAUCAUGCCUGGGAGUAUGGGGCCAAAAGAACCCACAGAGGAAAAAGAAGAUGAUAUUUAUGAAGUCUUACCAGAUGAAGAACACGAUCUAGAAGAGGAUGAGGGUGACAUGGCACAGAGCGGAGUGGACUAUGCCAAUUAUUACCAGGGCCUAUGGGAUUGCCAUGGCGACCAGCCAGACGAACUGUCCUUCCAGCGUGGUGACCUCAUCCGCAUUCUGAGCAAGGAGUAUAAUGCAUAUGGCUGGUGGGUUGGAGAGCUGAACAACAUCAUUGGGGUUGUCCCCAAGGAUUACCUCACCACCGCAUUUGAAGUGGAAGAGUGAUGAAGACCAGGACAUAUAUCCUUCUCUCUGUCCUGCCUGACCGAAGAAAUUGAUCAUCAAGAGUGCCCACUCCCCACCACCCCAAGAACACCAUGAAUUCUUUACUAAAGAGACCCUGAUCUCUGACAUCUUGUAACUUGAACCCCAUAAGUCAAGUAGGAAGAAGCAGCACAACUGUUCCUAACUCUGCCUGUCACAGCUCAUCCCACCUUUAACCAGUCCGUACGCUCAUUUCUGCCAUCCCUACAGGCUUGUCACAGAGAAGAUGAGAGAGAAGGUCACCUGGGGAAGAGGAAGCUGCAGGUUGUUGGGUUUGAAAAGCACAAAUAAAUUUCAGAUUUGGUUCCUUACCAUGU